AUGUCUUUGCGCGGGCCAAUGAGGCGGUCGCAUUUAAGGCAAGUAAGCGCGGCGAGUUUGGAGAGCAGCUCCGCCCACUCACAAGCAGCCUCGCACGGUGACCAUGAACAUGAUCGGGCAACCGAUGACAGGACAGUCAGGCUCUCAUCAACAAGCUGGACGCGACAUCAAUGCACCAUGUGGGUGCACGAUGAAAUGUUUUCGCGCGAAGAGAUCUUGUUGAAUCUAUCGGCUUUCGGUGAAAGCGAAGUGCAAGUUGGGGAUGUGGUCGAGAUUCUGCCCAUGCGGGUGGCUGGAGAUGCCGGCUAUACCAAUUUGAAGCCAGAGACAGCUUCAAAAGUGGCCCGCGAAAGCCAUGUCGAACUGAACUCGGCGUCCCAGGCGGACAGUACCUCCAAAUUCAAAACUCCACUACAGAAUCGGUGUUUGUUCGUGGUGAAAGCUCUUCCACCGGAAAUCAAAGCACGACAUCCUCAAUUAGAAAUCUCGGUAACUAAUAGCGUCGCCAAUAUCUUUGGGUUCAAGAACAGGACGCAGGUUCUAUUGUCGACUGUGGACCGAGAUCAAUGUGCAGCAUCUCAUGUCGAUAUCGCCUUUCGCGAUCAAUACAUGGUCCGCUCUGAUAUGUGGCGACUGGUCAUGUCAGAACUGGUGGAUAAAAUCAUCUACAAAGGCCAAAAAAUCAUGUUCAUGGGAAGCAUUAAGGCCACAGUCAAGAACAUUUUUAUCCGGGAGAAGAAAUGUCUUUCUGGGUAUUUCUCCCCUCGAACAAUUCCCAUUUUCCGCAGCGAGUCUGCCAAAUACGUUCUUUUCAUUCAAAUGUCGAAAGAAAUGUGGGACUUUGAUUCGGAAGGGACCGGAGACAUUCUUUUUAGUCGAGUUAUCAAUGGCUUCCUGCCGGAGCUCUUCAAAAGAUGGCUAAAUUCCGACGCAAAACACUUAGUGACGAUCGUCUUGUUUACUCGAGUCGAAUAUGACACACCGCUGAGCACAAAUCAAUGUAACAUCGCUGGGAAUUUCAACGGCAAAUCGGCAAUAAACAAGUUCCCAACCCGAGAUUUCUAUCGUGUGGUAGUCAAUGAUAUGGCAAGUGGUCACUGGACAACUAUUCUCGACGAGCUCAAAAGAGAAUUCAGAACCUUCCUGCGCGACGUCUCGAUACUAAAGACAGAUGACAUCGGUGCUGCAUCUGGCACUGGUAUCAAGAACCCUUCCAAGCCAAACAUGGCGACAAUUGCCGGGCACCCCAGCUCAGCCUUGCGAGGAAAUAUUUUAGAGGCCAUUCACCUUGCCUCUGCACAUCUUGCUUUCGAUCACAUCGAUCGAGAUAUGGUCCACACUGGUACCUCAAUCAUUGUUAUCACCCCAGGCAGCGGUGUCUUUGAGGUCUCUUACGAGUCUCUGGCUUCUACAACCGAAGCACUUGCGAAUCGUGGCAUAGCCAUCGACUUGGUUUGUUUGAGCCCAAUGCCUCUCCACUCCGUUCCUCUGUUUAAAUACCGGGAGCCAGUGGAGCGACAGUCUGAAGUCGCGGGAGGUCCUAACGAGAAUUAUAUGGGUCGAAUUUCCCCAGAGAUGCAACAUUCCUUGUCGAGUGUUGUGAGCAGGUCCUCGUACCUCUCCCCCAGCUCAUAUCUUUCGGCAACCAGAAUGAGGGAGCGGACGACUCCUCAAGCCAAGGAUUGGAGCUACGGGAUCCCACAUUGGCUCGAUAUCUCUUAUUGGAACCCUGAAACAUACCGAGAGGCCCGACGCAUCUUGAAGAAAGACCCAAAUGCGCCCAUUUCCUCUACUGUCACCCGGCCGUCCAAAGCAUUCACACCACGAGUGCGUAUGUAUGAGAUCCAAAUGAUGGGAGUCAUGGAAAGCGAACAGUCGAAUAUCUCCAUCCCUUACCUCACUGAACGCCGCGGUGGAGCAAAGACUCGUGCGUCCUGGCCUGGAUACAGUUCGGCUGGCCGGGUCCCUCCUAAACCUCGCCUCCCCAACUCAUCACCCUUUAAGACACAACUCAGCGAUAGUCUACGCCCCGGGUCAUUCAUCCAGAACGCUUCCGAACAAAAUAGUUCACACAUCAGAGAUACUCAAAGUUCGCGAAAGUCCGUGAUGGCCUGGAUGGACCAAUAUGAUGAAAAUCUGUUUGCUGUCUCUCCGAAAAAGCUCCAGCCUCGCAGAACGUCGAGGCCAAAAAGACCUAGUGAGUCGGAGGUUCAGGCCGCCGGCGCCGCGGUGCACGAACGAUUGUCUGCACGUUCAAUCAUGCGCCUACGAGACCAUGAAACCAAUCCAGCAGAGGAGAAUGAAUCCUUCCACCCUAGUAGGCCUCGAAGGAUUGAUUCAAACAUGACGACACAAAAAAGCCCAGGCUCGGUCAGCAGCAUGUCUCCCAUCAAGCCGGCAUUGAAAAAAGCACCGGCCCCAAUGACUUCUCGAAUCUCCAGAACAAUCAGCUUUGCGCUCCGAGGCUUGAGUGCCACUCCACCAAGAGCCCAAGCAAGCACUGGGGUCAAUGUAGAACAUGCCAGUGCAUUGCCCAUGACCAAUCAAAAAACGCCCACUGGAUCAAUCUCCGAUGCAAGAAGUAUCACAUCUUUAAGUCCAUCAGAAACAACUUCAACUACAACUGCCUUUGAGGUAUCCUCGAUUCCUUCCACGCCCAACAAGGCUUCCCAGACUCCUUCCAAGCCGAUAUCUAUCAAAGUCCCUCCAAAAGUCCCCCCGAAGGAACCAGAAAACCCAGAACAUCCAGUAGGGCGUGGUUCAUUAACAUCUUCUGUGGCAGAGAUCUCGACUCAUGAAGUUGGUCGAGAUCAGGAUGUUGGACCUGCGAGUGGCCAUAAAUUUGAACUCACGGUGAACCCUAGUCCGCGCGAGCCGCCCUUACGGGAUUCCCCGAGCAAAGCUUUGUCUCCGUGGGUCCGGUCAGUGAACCCAUGCAAUACUCCUAAGGAUGUUCUGCGAGAUACCAGCUGGUUUGGUCGUUGGCAACAUGCGUACCCUAGACCGCCACAUGUGGCUGUAGUCAAGUGGAAGAGUUUAAAGUCCCCAGCAAUUCUUCCAUUGACUACUGAAGAGAUCCCGACUGCUAGUGUGCUCGCUUCGGACUAUUUGCAGACGCCAUACCGAGUCUAUCCUAACGAGGACUCGGAAGGCAUUGAAGCCCCAAAGACACGUGGAGUACUUUUACGAGAAAUGAUCUCACUGCGGCUCUCGCAUGGGUUCCAGAUCAUCGUUGGGAAACAGGUGGCCGAGGUUUCAGCACAGCCCGCCCUCGAAUCGCUGAAUGUCUUUGAUUUCCGAGGGCUUGAUCGCGAUGGACUCGCCGUAUUCCUCUCCAAGGGCAAUACUAUCCAUCGACUAGUGUGUAUUGUAGGGGGAGAGGUUGAAGUAACCCGAUACACGCAUCAAAACUCCGCGAUGCCCACCUAUCCCAAGAAACCUACAUUCACUCUCUAUCAGCCAGCCAUGAAGACAAUUUUAAGUCGGGAAUAUGAAGUCAAGGACAUCAAGCUAGAUCCUACCUCCGAGGAGUACAAUUGGAACUAUGCCGAUAAUUACGUGGCUGGUCAUCGAGAUUACCUCCAGAAUCCAGCACAGCAGCUGCAUUUCUGGCGAGUUCGUUACGUGUUGAUCCCGCUUCAACUUCACCCCGGUUCUCGGCCUCAUUUGCAGCCUUUCAGCGAAGACAACGAAGAAGAAAUUCACCUGAUCGGAAUCAGCCAAUUAACCCACAUUUGGCAGCGGUACAAAUACGUCUCGCCCGAAGAGAAGCUUUUCGAGACCUCGCAUCCCAAGAGAGACCAGAAUCCAUUGAAUAUCAUGUACCAAACACGAAAUCCCUCGGAAGUUGUUACAGCAGAACUAGACCGGCUGCUGCUCACCGACCCGGGCCUUGACAACGCACCUGCUCAGCUCUUGCCUGAAUCUGAAUUGCUAGACAGAUCCAGCAUCAGUCUUUCGUCGCUGGCACAAAUAAUCCAAGGCGAAAAGGGCGUUCGUAUGAUGGACAGAAGGUGGCAUUGGAGAUUGCAUUACAAUUGUUUUAUUGGGUUUGAGUUCACCACAUGGCUGCUGCAAAACUUGCGUGAUAUCGAUACUCGCGAGGAAGCAGUUAAAUUUGGCAAUGAGCUGAUGAAACAUGGCCUGUUCCAGCACGUGGAAAAAAGACACAACUUCCGAGAUGGUAACUAUUUCUACCAAGUCUGUGCCGAUUAUCGUGUCACCCGUCCAGAGUCUCGAGGAGGCUGGUUCCCCCAGCUUCGGCCGGACAAGUCAAUACCGUCGACGCCCGCCAUCGGAACUGCAAAGGAAUCUCCUGCUAGUCUCAAGGCUCGAUCGGACAGCAUCGAUGAUCGCACUCCACAGACUCCUAGCACGCCUUCUAAGGCUAAAAAUAAAGUCGCCAUCAUGCUAUCCAAAUCAAUGAAGUAUGAUGUUGACCCGCGCAAACGGUCGAACCGACCGGAGGUGAUCGACCUCCAUUAUGACCGACUACACAAUCCCGAAAACUGCUUCCAUAUUGAGCUUAGCUGGAUGAGCACGACCCCCAAGCUUAUUGAAGAUACUGUGCUCUCUUGGGCCUCGACUGCAGAGAAAUUUGGCCUGAAAUUGGUACAGGUACCGAUCUCCGAGGGAUGCGCGAUUGACAAAACUCAGCCAUUCCGAAAGCCCUACGAGAUCAAGCUCAAGGUCGCACCUCCCAAGGGACCACUGCAUACAGUGUUUAACAAUGCAUCGUUUGCGCAACCAGGUCCACCCGAUCGCCUCUAUUAUCAAAAAGCCAUUCUACGCAAGUUUGACUUCGUGCUUGACUUUGAAGCUUGCUCCGCAUUCCCACCGGACGUAGAAGUAUCUUACUCCUGGGGAAAGCCCGACUAUCUCUACCCGCAAUUCAUCCACCGAAGCGGAAGCAUUCUCGCCCAGAUCACCGAUGAGGGCGACUUUCUCCUCCUUGCCAACCGACUAGUCAGCACCCGUGGCACAGCGAGCCGAGAUGCAGGUCGCUUCGAAAGUCACAACCGGUCAGAGUUCCGAGGACGCACAGGCAACUACGAUGGGCUCGAUCGUGUCUCCCCCCGACUGUCUCCUCUCACCCGGCCAGUUCACGAUAUCGGCAGCCCAUUGACCCUCUCCGGAUCCUCAAGUAUCGACUCGGCCAACUUGUAUCGCGCCCCCGAGCACAUUCUCAAUGGUCUCGUUGAGUUUUGCAGCGAUGCCGCCCAAUUGGAACAGUUCUACUCGGAAUCACAUGCCCGACCAACAUCCACCAAGGUGGAGCCUUCCACUCCCAAUUUAAUGGAUGCAUCGAUCCCAUCCCUGGAGCUUCCUGCCAGUGUCGUCAGUCAUCAUAUAUCGCCGCCUCCGGGUCUGCCGUCUCGAAUCAGCCAUGAGGCCCAGGGGCUGAUGUCGCCGGAAUUCUCGCGCAGGGCUCGAGCAGAAAGCCUUAGCUAUAAUGCAAGCCCUAGGAGUGGCACUCUACGACCCUUGCUAUAA